AGCUGAAGAGCAGGGGUAGUGAGUGUUCUCACUUUAUUUCUGACAAUACUUCCUGUUUUUAACAUUUGCUACUCAGAUGCUCUGUACAAAUAGGGACAGCACAAUACCGUGGCUGCUUACCAGUCAGAGACAUCUGUAGCUAACUUGUAAACCUUGUAUUAGUGGACAGACUGAAGAAAACAUCAUCUAUUGUAAAAACAGAGGUAGGGAUAUUCUCAGCACCUGUCCUGUGUUUUAUACUAUUUAUGUUUUAUGUGAUCUGGCAAGAGAAUCUGAGUAUUUAUUUAUAUUUCGAGCCUGAUAAGCUAUGUCAUGGUAGCAUAAUACUUUGGGGUGGUUUCCUGGAACCAGAUUAAUGCUAGUCCUGGAAUAAAAUCUGUGGAAAUACACAAUUGAAAGUGCUAGUUGGUGUGGUUUGCUGCCAUGUUGUGUUGAGAUAAUAUGCACUGUUGUGUAGUGGUUGUCAUGUUGGGAGAAGCCUUCAUCAGAGUCUUCAGGUACAGGAAAGAGGAUUGUGAUUCCACAAAGGCUCAGGAACGUCCACCACACCCUGCUCCCAAUAUCAUUCUGAACCAAGGUUCAAUGUUAGAAAACAUGGAAGGCCUGGUGCAGUCUGGUCCUAGAGCGACAACCAGGCCCAGUGAUGCCCUCACCAUCCCCAAUAGCCACAGUGACGACUAUGGUGACCUGGAGCUCUAUCGCUCCUGGUGCUGCACCACCUUCUGCAAAGACUACCCUGACCUGCAGCUCAGAGGAGACCAUGUGGGAAACAGGAGUUCAAUGAGCGUGCGGCUGGAGAGUGAGGUGUUCCAAGGGCCACUUCUUCAAUCUCAGGACCUGGGAGAGCUGGAGUCCUUGGAACCCACAGGGCCUGUGGGGCCUGGGGUACGGGUGGAGUCCCAGAUCCUGCAGGAUGAGGGUAACCUGGUCAUAGACAGCAGCAUCAUCACCCUGAACAGGGAACCUCUGUCCAACUCCAUGCUGAACGGCUACCUGGAGAGUAAGCUGCUGGAGGUGUACAGACAGCAUAUGCAGGACAGCCUGGCGCGGGGCAGCUCUCCCCUGGUCCAGACCCCUCCCCAGGGCCUGGUACCAGAACCAGUGAAGCAGCUCAGCCAGUAUCUCUGUCAGGACCAUGGCCUAGACUCCAGUACGGCCCAGAGCAUUGUCAUCCACUACCUCAGCACCUGCACUGUGGCCAGCUCCAACUUCAGCUCUCCCGACCUGCGCAUCUCCAACCUACGCAUCCCCAACCCUGAACUCAGGAAGAAGCCCACCUGACUGAAACCAGCAGUAUUUCUACUUUGUCUGCCAACUCUAACGUACUUGACAAUGCUAAAGCAUUCCACUGAAUCUAUACUUGGUGGUCAGCUGUAUUGCUUUCAAGAGGAAAAUUCAAUUGAUAGUUGGGAAGGAGAUCCCCUCAUUUUGUUAAAUUGUUGAAAGAAAUAUCUUUAGAAAAUGCCACAAUGUCCAAAAUAUUUACUACAUAAAUGCAACCAGUUGCUAUAUUGUCAUGCUUGGGUGCCUGAGACAAUGUCAAGCUUUCGAGUUUAAAGACAAAGAGUAGAAAAACAGGGAACUGUGAGCUGAUCUUAUAAAGAAUCUUGUUUCUGAGAAAUUAUUCCUCACAGAUACUGCUGAUUUGAAAUGAUAUUGUUUUAAACACAGACUUACAAAACGCCAAAGAAAAAAGCUAUUUUCCUAUCUUGGUUGUCAAAGCAGGAAAAUAUUGCCACCUGCUGUCAUACAUAAGCAUUGCAUGUUUACUGCAAGUGCCACAUUGCACUUUGACAAGAAAGCAUAUUACACAACAUCUGUGCCAGAUAAACAUAUCAUGCUGUGCCACAUUUCUAAUGCGUUUUAAUCUUGAAUGCGACUGACUGAAUAAAUA